GAGGUAAACUGGAUCAUGUUUCUGUUGUCUCGGUUCAAUCAGCGGUACGCCUACCUCACAUGGUGACACACACAGGGCUGAUAUGAGUAGGCUACCUACAACAGGAACCACAAAGUCACGGAUUAUGAGUUACUGUCGACUCGGCCCGGUCCCACACACCGCUUACCUGGACCAUCAAGUCAACGAUAUGUUGGUUGUGGCGCAUUAUCCAAUCCAUUCGGAACCGAUAAACUAUUAAAGUAUUAAAUACUAUUAGAGAUCCCCUCGAGAAACGCACCGCAGGCCGACCUGAGCUCGAUAAGAGGCGGACUCAGCCUCCGGGAAAUGCUCGGCGCGUCACUGAGAUUUAGAGGAAACGGGAGCCUGAAGUUAGGCAAUAGCCUACUGUGAGAGACUUUGGGUUUGGAGUGGACUGUCUGAGGAGUUAGGAACAGCGUGACUACCUGGUGACUCAGUGCAGAGGCUUCUUGCAAUGGCCCAGCUGUCCUUUUUCGUUACCAUAAUUUCUCUAUCAAACCUCCUGCUCCUGUUCUGUGAUGAUUCCUUAAAUUGCAGUGACAAAGAAUAUGCCUGGCCCAUGGACACUAGUCAACGCUGCUGUUUGAGAUGUCCACCAGGUAAAUUCCUGCUGGCACGAUGUUCCUCUAACUCCAAUGAGAGCGGAUGUGAGUCCUGUCCUACAGGCCAGUAUACAGACUACUUCAAUCUGGAGCCCGGCUGCCCCUUCUGUGCCUCCUGUAACCGCUCCCGGCUGGAAGAGGAGUCCCCCUGCCUGAUCAAUUCCAACAGGGUGUGCCGCUGUCAGCUGGGAUUCACCUGCAAAUCAAAGGAGUGCCAGGAGUGUGAACCGAUACCAAACUCCACCCCGCCAACCCCCAACCUGUGGUCGUUGGUGAACGGAUGGACCCUCCUAGCGACAGGAUUACUGCUGCUCGUGUUCCUGUGUUACUUCCUCCGCAUCAAGAUCAAGAGCGGCGCCUCUCUGUGCAAGAGCACAGGACAUGAUGCAAUUGAAAGUGCAGAAGAAGAAAAUGAAUUCCUGCCCGUCCAGGAGAUGUGUGGCAAACAUGAACAACAAAUGGUGGACGUUUGAAAAGAGGAAGGAAUGUUUGCACUGAAUGACGGGGUUUCCCACACACGCACACAAGAAAGAGCCCAGUUGCGGGUGUCACCAGAAGAGAGGAGUGCCACAGAGAAACACGACCAGGGACAAUUACCAAAGAUCAUUACCAUGAGCUACACAGGAAAGGGAAGGAUAGGAAUUCGGGAAGGAUAGGAAGGGUAGGAAUUGGGGAAUUGGGACAGAGGAGUGUUUACUUACACACUAAGGAAGGGGCCUGGCUGCGAAAAAGUACCAACCAAACAACCAAAGGUUUAUGGGUGGUUUUUCGGUGGUCAGACAGGAAAUAAAGAAACAAUGGUGAAUGUGAUGCUAAUACAAGAAAGAUAAGGAAUGGAUCAGAUUAGAACAGAGUAAAAUGUCUUGGUUUACGUUAUUAGUAAACAUUACUUACAUGCAAUGUCAAAUACCUUUUGUAUAAUUAUUUGGUUCUGAGGGAUGUCUCAUCUACAGAUAAAUUGUUUUACAAAAAAAUAGUAAUAUUUGUUCAAUUGCAAUCUCUUUAUCAUUCAUUCACAUUCUUUUAUCCCAUUUUGUUUUCCUGGAGGCUCUUUCAGAGCACUGUUCAGAACCUCUUCAUCCCGACCGAAACCAGAACCGGGCCACCAUCCCGUGUUUAUAUAGUAGCUAAAAGGUGUUUAUCUUCAGGCAGAAAAAAGGGUCUUUAUCGUCCUCUUGUGUUGGCAUGAUGCAAUUGCAACGGUGUGGCUUGGCGUCAUCUAUUCGUGCUGACCUUUCAAUAGAGGGGUCUUAUGUCAAAAUUUAAGAAUAGGUUCUUGGAAUAUUAAUCUGUUAGUAUCUCAUAUCGUCUCAUCCUAUUUGUAUUGCAUAUAUAUAUAGUUUUUCAUUUGUUUGCGUUGGCUUUAUUGUUUUUAUUUGGAGACUCCACCAUAAUGUUUAAUAGCCAUUGCAUAUUGUCUAUGGAAAAGUCAACGCCAUUGAAUUAAUAUCAUAGCAAUAUUGUUCUUUGAAAAUAAUAAUAAAGUAAUCUGAAUUUAUUUAUGAUUUAUUGGUUUAGAAUCCACCUCACCCUUCGUAAUUCAAACAUGGCCUUUCAAAUUUAAAAAACAUGGUUUCAAAACUAAAAAAAUGAAAUGCUCACCAUUUCAGAUUUGCUUAAUCAUAUUCAAGUGGUCAAUAUACUGAAAACCCGGCCUGAAAAAAAAAUAGAAACUUAGAUUUUUGUAUCUGAAAUAGUGAAUGCAGAUUUUUUGCAUUUCAAUGCAGAAUUCCAGAGAGGUGAAUUCUAAACAAAUAAAUCAGAUUACCUUGUUACGAAGUAUAAUAUUUCAGUGUUAUCCUUUAAGUCGUUUAGUUAAAUUUCUUUAUAUAAAGAUCAAUAUCUUUUAAAAUGCAAAACAUUUUUGGAGUGACUUCCAUAUCAAUCUUUGCUACACUUGACUUUAUUGAAGUUCCGUCCUGACCAAUGUCCUCUUCACAUGUUGUUUACGGCUCUACAGGGGGCUAGCUGAUAACGCACUAUGCGGCAUUAAACAUUUCUAAUGGAUAAAUCUCAUAAAUCUUCCAUUUAUGCUGGGUUCUAGCUUUAUUAACAAUAACCCAGUGGAAUCCACAUUGAUCAUUUCACUUGCACAAUAAUCUCACAGGUGUAUCUUUCUUUUUGUAUCAAAGAUGACUAUUUUGUGGUUGUGGAGAUUUACUCUAUUCACUUUGGGUUUGUUGUUUCGGCCAAAAAAAACCUUUGUAAUUCAACUAAGUGUACUUCAACAACUGUAAAACCGAGGGCCUUAAUACAGCCAUGGUUAAGCUAUGCGUGUCAUAGUGCACUUCUCAACCAUCUUAGAUAAGUGGAUGGCUGGACAGAGCAAUAAAAUCCCUGGCAGUGAGGGGCUCUUAAAUAUAUAAUGAAAAUAAUUACAAAUAUGGAGACAAUGUGACUCAGUGAAGCUGUGCGCUUAUCUAAAUAAAAUAUGAAUGGCGGUAAAUAUUUAUCCCUUAGCUGAUAAAACUCUCUGAUGCAAGCUUUUACACUUUUGAACAUUCAAGACCAUAUACCCCUACAUAGAGCCACAUGAAGCACAUACAUGUAGGACUAAGCAGCAUUGUGUUGGAUGGAAAAACACAUUGAUAGAACAGAAGUGUAACAUUGAAGGGUGAUGCUGAUAUACUAUAGUACUGCUUGCGUAAAUACAGAGAAACGAGUGAGGGUAAGGGAGGCAUGGAGAGAGAGACAAUUCGGAAUUAGGGGGCACUUGGGCACAGUACAGAUGGCCUAGUGUGAGUGCGCCCUCACGACUAGGCCAUCUGUACCGUGCCCAAGUCCGUUUCACACCUGUACCGUGCUGAAACGGGCAAUCGUACUUGAGCACGUUACAGUUGUGAAACGGACUUGGGCUCGGUACAGAUGGCCUAGUGUGACUGACAGAGAGAGAGGCGUCAAGACACGUAAAGCCAUUUAAGAGAUUACUCAAUUUGAAUCAGAGGCCUAAACACUAGAUCAGAGUGAACCAAGAAAGUCGCUGAGGGAGAUGCAAUUAGAAAUAGAAGGUAGAAAAGACCUUGCUUAUCCAUAACUUUUACAUGCCUACCAGGUGAGCAUGCUGGUCGAAGCUUUCAAUCUGCAAUCGUGUGGCACCACCAGAUCCAGAAGAAAGGAGAUUGUUAUUUAUUAAUCCCAGACAGGAAUUUUAGAUGAUCAAAUUAUCUAUUUAUCUAACACCUUAUCUUAAAAAAGACUGACAUUUACUGUGUCCUACUAGUCACACACACACACACACACACACACACACACACACACACACACACACACACACACACACACACACACACACACACACACACACACACACACACAGUAACAAUGUAAUGGUACUUGCUAUAACGUUUGUUUCAUUGUGUAGUGUAAUAUAACUAGUACAUUUUAAAGUAAUAUAACUGUAGAACAGGAAGACAAGAGCAAGUAACUCAGUCCCACAGUCUUAUUGCUCAGCUUCUCCUUUAUUUCUCCUCAAACCAAAUAGCUUUGCAACUGAAGGUUCAGCCAUACCUGCUUCAUAGUAUAUUUGUUUGUAUACUAUACUUCAGUCACACACUCCCAGUACCGCUUGUCCAAACAAAACAUUGACAAAAGGUGCUCAAGUAUUUACAGUAUCAGACACCAGAUCCAGGGCAGACACAUAGGGGAUCAGUCUGCUGAUUGGGGAACGACACAUUACAUCACCCUGAUGUCAGUAUGUGAUUGGUCAACAACUUCAAUCAAUAACAUCUCAAAUCUGUCAAAUGUUUGAAAGAAAUGUGGUGCCAGAAAGGCAAAUGGAAGGGUUGUUAAACAAGAUAAUGCAGCUCAUGGGUAAUGCAGUCUUUAUUUUGCUUGCCAGAAUAAAGACUACAUUAUCCAUGGUAAAGGUUUACAAAAGGCCUACCGUUUUUCAAAAACUCCUGUUAGGGCAAAGUACAGAGCAUGUAGACGAUAUAAUUUUUGUUUACAUCAAUAAAGUUAUUCACUUACUCGUUGCAACCUAAGUUUCAGAUGGUAAAACGACAUAAUCAGCUUAUCUUUCCACUGAAACUGGGUACAGGCCGUUGUAAGUGUGUGACUGAAGGCAUAUUUCAAUUUUUUAUCUUUACAUAAGAUCCAACCGCUAUUUCCUUUGCAUAUCAUAGCCAGCAUACAACAUUAUUCAUUAGCAUUUGCAUUUUCAUUUUUUUUUUACACUUUUGAGCGAUUUUUAAAGGACUUUACAAUGCACCCACAUACACAUUCAUGGUUUAUUUAUCACUGUAUGUACAUGAUCUGACAUUUUGAACUCUUUAAUAAGACACUUGUUUGACUGCUUUGUGAAGUGAACAAGUAAAAGUAUGUGUAGCAUAAGUCCUCUAAAAAGCACUCGUGGAACAUUCAACCUGGCACAUGCAUACAGAGACUGCCUCCCUCCGAAUAGUCAAAUAAACCAGAAAAUGUCUUAAAAUGGUACGAAAGAGUAUUAGAACCAUGUAUGUUGAAAAAGUAUGGAUAUUUUCUUGAUAUGUUUCAGUCAUGACAUUUUCUUCCUACAUUGUUUUUCUGUUAUUCAUUUAGUUGGAAUAUGAAAUAAAAUGAUGGUGUUAUAAAUUCAACUUUAUAAAAAAAAAGCUUUUCUAAUACAUGGCGGUAAAACUCUUCCGUAAUAUGCUGCAUACACUCUCGCUGACAACUUUCUUCCUUUUCAACCAAGCCGAAAUGGACGCACAACAAAUAUCUAGAUUUUUCACCCUUCAAAUCAACAUUCAUAUUGUUUGUCCUUGUUGACACGGUAAAUGAGUGCAGAAAGCAGUAGAAGAAAAGUCCCAAUUCACAGAUUGAGACGCACAGAUGUGACCCGGUAUGAGUAUGAGUAUACUUCAGUAUGCAAUUCAUUUGUUAAUGUAGUUAAUAAGUAUUAUGGAAAGAGAGCAUCUUAAUGAAGUAUCUAAAAAUGUUUCUACCAGUAUUCCCAUAUUGAAUUACUCUGUGUUGAAGUUCCAAGGGAACGCGUGUUUGAUAACAAGAUAUUAGCAGAUGAUAGUGAGUGUGUAGCUAUCACAUGUCAGUGAUGAUUCAGUAUUAAUGCACUCCUAUACCA